GGGGCCCUUUGCUCUCCUCUGCACGCCUCCUGGAGCCGGGGUGCCUGCUCGGCGCGGAGCCGCUAGCUCCCGAGCCGCGCCGCUGGUAGCGGUCGGUGAAAGGCCAGCUCGCCUGACCCUCUUCGUUUCUUUCCCCGGAGCAGGCCCCCGGAGCGGAGCCGGAGAUGCUCAUGCACAUGGAUCAGAAGGAGGAACUGCGGUUGUCCCGUCCCCGCUCCUGCGAAGGGAAGAGUGCUCUGAGCGGCACCUCAGGUUGUCUCAUCUCCAGCACUAACCAGCAACACCGCCUGCAAUGGAGAGCGCAGAGAGGCGAGAAAGGGAAAUGUUGCUCUAUGAGGAAACAGAAGAUGAUAAUGUCAGUCCCACUGACCUUUCAGAGCUGCUGAAGGAGGGGACUAAGGAAUCCCAUGACCUUGCGGAGAACACCCAGUUUGUCAAAGACUUCCUGAAAGGACGGAUCAAAGAGGAGCUCUUCAAGCUGGCCACUGUGGCACUUUACUUCACGUACUCUGCUCUGGAAGAGGAAAUGGAUCGCAACAAGGACAACCCGGUCUUUGCUGCUCUGUACUUCCCCCUAGAGCUUCACCGGAAAGAAGCAUUGAUCAAAGACCUGCAAUAUUUCUAUGGAGAAGACUGGGAAGAGAAGAUCCAGUGUUCAGAGGCAACUCAGCAGUAUGUGGACAGAAUCCAUCAUGUGGGACAGAACGAGCCAGAGCUGCUAGUGGCUCACGCUUACACACGCUAUAUGGGGGACCUCUCGGGUGGCCAAGUGCUGAAGAAGGUAGCCCAGAGAGCCCUCAAGUUGCCCAGUACUGAGGAAGGGAUCCAGUUCUAUGUGUUUGGUAACAUCUCCAAUGCGCAGCAGUUCAAGCAGCUCUACAGGGCAAGGAUGAACGCUUUGGACUUGGACAAGACCACCAAAGAAAGGAUUGUGGACGAAGCCAACCGAGCCUUCAGAUUUAACAUGCAGGUGUUUGAUGAACUGGACAAGAUUGGCAAGUCACUGGCAGAAGCCCAAGAUGGAGGCCUUCCAGUCCAUGAUGGAAAAGGAGACCUGCGCAAAUGCCCUUACUAUGCAGACAAGCUUGCAGGUAAGGCAGGACCCAGCUGUCCCUACCAUAGCACCGUGGCCCUGGCAAAGCAGCCCCUGGUGCAGCUGAUGCUGGCUGCCUGCGUUGCGGUGCUGGCAGGAGCUGCAGCCUGGUACAUGAUGUGAUGGGAGCAGUGGCUUGUGGCUCCGCUCAUGGGAAGGGGAGAGACAGACAUCCUUUUCCAGCUGUUCCCUUGCCACUGCUGUUGCCUGCAUGGUGGAAGCAAGAAAAUAAACAGGAAUCUUGUGGGACUGUUGAA